GUUCUUCCCCGUUAUUAUUGAAACAAUACGACAUUCCCACUGUAGUCUUUAAUCUAUCAAGUGUGGAAUGGAUAUGGAAAAGCUUAUGCAUGCGGUUCGGUACCAUGGGUAUGGUGGAGGCCCUUCUGCCUUGAAGCAUGACCAAGCUCCUAUACCCAAUCCAAACAAAGACGAGGUUUUGAUCAAAGUGGAAGCAUCUAGUAUAAAUCCAUUUGAUUGGAAAGUUCAAAAAGGCAUGUUGUGGCCACUUUUACCUAGAAAGCUCCCUUAUAUACCCGGAGUUGAUGUAGCCGGAGAGGUCAUUGAGGUUGGUUCAGGUGUUAAAAGAUUCAAGCCAGGAGACAAAGUUGUAUCUGUUGUUAAUGUCUUGAAUGGAGGCGCGCUAGCCGAAUUUGCUGCUAUUAAUGAGAGCGUCACUGCAUUGAGGCCACCUGAAAUCUCAGCAUCAGAAUGUGCUGGUUUGCCUGUUGCCGGUCUCACGGCUCACCAGGCACUCCAAUCUGCAGGGAUCAGACUCAAUAAUGGAGGCGGUGAACACAAAAACAUAUUGGUUACUGCUGCAUCAGGUGGUGUAGGUCACUAUGCAGUUCAACUGGCAAAGCUAGGAAACACUCAUGUGACAGCCACCUGUGGAGCUCGAAACCUUGAACUAGUCAAAAGCUUAGGAGCUGAUGAAGUCAUCGACUAUAAGACCCCGGAAGGUGCCGCCUUGAAGAGUCCAUCAGGUAAGAAAUAUGAUGCAGUGAUACACUGUGCAGUUGGGAUUCCUUGGUCUACUUUUGAACCUAACCUGAGCACUAAUGGAAAGGUUAUAGAUGUAACUCCUAGUGCUAGUACAUGGAUGACAUUUGCUCUUAGGAAACUUACCUUCUCCAAAAAGCAAAUUGUGCCUCUUCUUUUGAUUCCAAAAGGAGAGAGCCUUCAGUAUCUGGUUGAUUUGGUGAAGAAUGGGAAGCUUAAGACUGUAAUAGAUUCCAAGCAUCCUUUGAACAAGGUUGAAGAUGCUUGGGCUAUGAGUAUUGCUGGUCAUGCUACUGGGAAGAUCAUUGUGGAGCUGUAGAUACAUAGUGCUAAAGUGGAAAUAAAAUAAAUGGGGGAAAUUAAUCUUUUCAUCCCUGUAUGUGUAGCUUAGUCCUUAAACUGUAACUCGAUGCAAUUUUGACUUGAUGUAACUUAAUUCUUGUGCGUUUAACCAUUUAGAAGUUUGGUCCCUAUAUUUUAAAAAAAUUAAAUAUUUUAGGAAA